CUUCCGAUUAAAGCCGGGCAGCAGAAUACACACACCAAAGUCAGUAUGGAGCACAACAAAGAGUGUCUCAUAAACAUUUCAAAGUACAAAUUCUCCCUGGUCAUAAGUGGACUUACACACAUCUUAAAAAAUGUAAACAACAUGAGGAUAUUUGGAGAAGCUGCUGAAAAAAAUUUGUAUUUGUCUCAACUGAUUAUAUUGGAUACACUGGAAAAAUGUCUUGCAGGGCAACCAAAAGACUGUAUGCGCUUGGAUGAAACCAUGCUUGUUAAACAGCUGCUACCUGAGAUCUGCCAUUUUAUUCACACGCAUCGAGAGGGCAACCAGCAUGCAGCCGAGCUGCGGAUUUCUGCAUCAGGAGUCCUGUUCUCUUUAAGCUGCAAUAACUUCAAUGCAGUUUUCAGUCGCAUUUCCACCAGGCUGCAAGAACUGACGGUUUGUUCAGAGGACAAUGCUGACGUUCAUGAUAUAGACUUGAUACAGUACAUUAAUGUGGACUGUGCAAAACUCAAAAGGCUGCUACAAGAGACGGUUUUCAAAUUUAAAUCCCUGAAGAAAGUGGCUCAGUUGGCGGUUAUCAAUAGUCUUGAAAAGGCAUUUUGGAAUUGGGUUGAAAAUUAUCCUGAUGAGUUUACAAAGUUAUACCAGAGGCCUCAGACUGAUAUGGCAGAUUGUGCAGAGAAGUUGUUUGACCUUGUGGACAGUUUUGCUGAAAGCAACAAGAGAAAAGUAGCAGUUUGGCCCCUGCAAAUAAUUUUACUUGUUCUGUGCCCAGAAAUUAUCCAAGACAUUUCUAAGGAAACUGUAGAAGAAAGCAAAAUGAACAAGAAAUUGUUUCUUGAAAGCCUCAGGAAAGCUCUAACUGGCCAUGGAGUAGGGAAACCACUUAUGGAGAGUGCUGCAAUUGCUUGUGUGAAGUUGUGUAAAGCGUCCACAUAUGUCAAUUGGGAGGAUAAUUCUGUCAUAUUCCAUCUGGUCCAAUCAUUAGUCAUUGACCUAAAGAACUUGCUCUUCAAUCCAAGCAAGCCUUUCUCCAGAGGAGCAGGAAAUCAGAAUGCAGAUGUAGACCUAAUGAUUGACUGCCUAGUUUCGUGCUUUAGGAUAAACCCUCAGAACAAUCAGCAUUUCAAAAUUUGUUUGGCACAGUCCUCACCAUCAACAUUUCAUUAUGUGCUGGUGAACUCUCUGCACAGAAUUAUCACAAAUUCUGCACUGGAUUGGUGGCCCAAGAUUGAUGCUGUGUAUUGCUACUCAGGAGAGCUCCGCAGCAUGUUUGCUGAAACGCUCAAAAUCGUCAUGCAGUUACAUACAGCAAUCCGCCUGACGCCGAGCCUGACAUUUAAAGAGAAAAUGCCAUACCUUAAGUUUAAAGAGAAACCAACUGAUGUGGAAACUAGGAGUUACAAGUAUUUGCUACUGUCUUUGGUCAAGCUCAUGCAUGGAGACCCAAAGCUGCUAUUAUAUAACCCAGGAAAACCCGGCCCUGACACACAGAACAGCACUGCAGAGCUAAUUAAUGGAUUGGUGCAGCUGGUCCCACAGACAAACAUGCCAGAGAUAGGCCAGGAAGCCAUGGAGGCCUUGUUGGUUCUACAUCAGUCAGACAGCAUUGAACUUUGGAAUCCAGAUGCACCAGUAGAGACAUUUUGGGAAAUUUGUUCGCAGAUGAUUUUUUAUAUCUGUAAAAAGUUGAUUGGUCAUUCGAUGCUCAACAGCACAGAAGUCCUUAAAUGGCUGCGAGAAAUUUUAAUCUGCAGGAAUAAAUUUCUCCUUAAAAAUAAGGAGUGUGCUGCUGUCGGAAGUGCAAUUCCAAUAUGUCGUCAAGCCCAGACUAAAUUAGAAGUUUGUCUGUACAUGUUUCUCUGGAGCUCAGACAUUGAAGCAGUUCUAGUGGCCAUGUCCUGUUUUCGAAACCUGUGUGAGGAGGCAGAUAUACGUUGUGGGGUUGAUGAAGUAUCUGUUCAUAAUUUCUUGCCAAAUUAUAACACUUUCUUGGAGUUUGCAUCUGUAAGCAACAUGAUGUCCCUGGGUAGAGCAGCUCUACAGAAGCGUGUCAUGGCCUUACUAAGAAGAAUAGAACAUCCCACUCCUGGGAACACAGAAGCUUGGGAAGAUACAUAUGCGAAGUGGGAACAAGCAACAAAGUUGAUUCUGAACUUCCCAAAGACUAAGCUGGAAGAUGGCCAGGUUACAGAAAGCCUUCAUAAGACCAUUGUGAAGAGGCGAAUGUCUCAUGUAAGCGGAGGUGGUUCUAUAGACCUGACUGAUACAGAUUCGCUACAGGAGUGGAUUAACAUGACCGGUUUCCUUUCUGCCCUUGGUGGUGUCUGCCUGCAACAUCGCAGCAAUGUGGGGCUAGUUACUUACAGUCCACCUAUGGGUCCUGUUAACGAGCGCAAGGGUUCUGUUAUCUCAAUGGUUUCUACUGAAGGCAAUGCAGAAACUCCUGUCAGCAAAUUUCUUGAUCGGCUUCUCUCAUUGAUGGUCUGCAACAAUGAGAAAGUUGGAAUUCAAAUUCGGACAAACAUCAAAGAUCUGGUUGGUUUAGAGCUGAGCCCUGCUUUGUAUCCAAUGCUUUUCAACAAAAUGAAGAACAACAUAAGCAAGUUCUUUGACUCCCAAGGGCAGGUUUUGCUCAAUGACACAAACACCCAGUUUGUUGAACAGACGAUAACCAUCCUGAAGAACUUGCUUGAUAAUCACACAGAAGGCAGCUCUGAACAUUUGGGGCAAGCUAGUUUAGAGACCAUGAUGCUAAAUCUAGUCAGAUAUGUACGUGUUCUGGGUAACUUGGUGCAUGCCAUACAGAUCAAAACCAAGCUGUGUCAACUGGUGGAAGUGAUGAUGGAACGAAGGGACGACCUUUCUUUUUGUCAGGAAAUGAAGUUUAGGAACAAGAUGGUGGAAUACUUGACUGACUGGGUAAUGGGAACAUCUAACCAAGCUGCAGAUGAGGAUGUAAAAUGCCUCACAAGAGAUUUGGAUCAAGCAAGCAUGGAAGCAGUUGUAUCUCUUCUUGCUGGCCUACCUCUUCAACCCGAAGAAGGAGAUGGUGUUGAGUUAAUGGAAGCUAAAUCACAAUUAUUUCUCAAGUAUUUCACACUGUUCAUGAACCUGCUGAAUGAUUGCAGUGAGGUUGAAGAUGAUGGCACACAGACAGGUGGCAGGAAGAGAGGCAUGUCUCGGCGCUUAGCUUCCUUAAGGCACUGUACAGUGUUAGCUAUGUCUAAUCUUCUGAAUGCCAAUGUGGAUAGUGGCCUUAUGCACUCAAUAGGUCUUGGCUACCAUAAGGACCUACAGACAAGAGCUACAUUCAUGGAAGUCCUCACAAAAAUUCUGCAGCAGGGAACAGAGUUUGACACAUUAGCUGAGACAGUUCUAGCUGAUCGCUUUGAAAGGCUAGUGGAACUAGUGACUAUGAUGGGGGACCAAGGGGAAUUGCCUAUUGCCAUGGCUCUAGCCAAUGUGGUUCCUUGCUCACAAUGGGAUGAGCUUGCACGAGUCCUUGUGACGCUCUUUGAUUCCCGACACCUACUGUACCAGCUUCUGUGGAACAUGUUUUCUAAGGAAGUUGAGCUAGCAGACUCCAUGCAGACACUUUUCAGAGGGAACAGCUUGGCUAGUAAAAUCAUGACGUUUUGUUUCAAGGUAUAUGGGGCCACGUACCUUCAGAAACUUUUGGAACCACUAUUGAGACUGAUCAUAACCUCUCCUGAGUGGCAACAUGUCAGUUUUGAAGUGGACUCUUCAAGGUUGGAUGGAGUUGAAAGCCUUGAAGAAAAUCAGCGGUGUCUACUUCAGAUGACGGAGAAGUUCUUUCAUGCCAUUAUAAACUCCACCCAUGAAUUCCCUACUCAGCUGCGCAGUGUGUGCCAUUGUCUGUACCAGGCAACUUGCCACUCCCUACUGAAUAAAGCUACAGUAAAAGAAAAAAAGGAAAACAAAAAAUCAGUUGUGAGCCAGAGGUUUCCCCAGAACAGCAUUGGUGCAGUUGGAAGUGCUAUGUUCCUCAGGUUCAUUAACCCGGCCAUUGUGUCUCCUUAUGAAGCAGGGAUAUUGGAUAAGAAGCCACCACCUAGAAUUGAACGUGGCUUGAAGCUAAUGUCUAAGAUUCUCCAGAGCAUUGCCAAUCAUGUCUUGUUUACAAAAGAGGAGCAUAUGCGCCCUUUUAAUGAAUUUGUGAAGAACAACUUUGAUGCUGCACGAAGGUUCUUCUUUGACAUUGCAAAUAAUUGUCCUCCGAGUGACACUGUUAAUCACAGCCUCUCCUUCAUUACUGAUGGAAAUGUUCUUGCCUUACAUCGGUUGCUUUGGAACAACCAGGAGAAGAUUGGACAGUAUCUAUCCAGUAACAGGGACCACAAAGCUGUUGGAAGGAGACCAUUUGACAAAAUGGCAACUUUACUGGCCUAUCUUGGACCUCCAGAACACAAGCCUGUGGCAGACACUCAUUGGUCAAGUCUGAAUCUCACAAGUUCCAAGUUUGAAGAAUUUAUGACUAGGCAUCAGGUACACGAGAAAGAAGAAUUUAAAGCAUUAAAAACUCUAAAUAUAUUCUACCAAGCAGGGACAUCAAAAGCUGGAAAUCCUGUUUUCUACUAUAUAGCAAGACGGUUCAAGACUGGUCAAAUAAAUGGCGACUUAUUGAUCUACCAUGUUCUUCUGACUUUAAAGCCAUACUAUGCCAAGCCAUACGAGAUAGUGGUAGAUCUUACUCAUGCUGGGCCCAGCAAUCGCUUUAAAACCGACUUCCUUUCAAAAUGGUUUGUGGUUUUCCCUGGCUUUGCAUAUGAAAAUGUGACAGCAGUUUAUAUCUACAACUGUAACUCCUGGGUGAGGGAGUAUACAAAAUACCAUGAGAGACUGCUAACUGGUCUGAAAGGUAGCAAGAGGUUAAUUUUCAUUGAUCCAUCUGGAAAGUUAGCCGAACACAUCGACCAUGAUCAGCAGAAACUGCCAGUUGCCACUCUUGCUUUGGAGGAGGACCUGAAGCUGUUCCAUAAUGCACUCAAGCUGGCCCACAAGGACACUAAAGUGUCAAUAAAAGUGGGUUCUACGGCUGUUCAGGUCACGUCAGCGGAGAGGACGCGGGUUUUGGGCCAAUCAGUGUUUCUGAAUGACAUCUACUAUGCUUCAGAGAUAGAAGAAAUUUGCUUAGUGGAUGAGAAUCAGUUCACAUUGACUAUUGCUAAUCAAGGAACACCCCUCACAUUCAUGCACCAGGAGUGUGAAGCCAUUGUCCAGUCUAUCAUUCACAUACGGACUCGAUGGGAGCUGUCCCAACCAGAUUCCAUCCCCCAACACACUAAGAUCCGUCCAAAGGAUGUUCCUGGAACACUACUUAACAUUGCAUUACUCAACUUGGGAAGUUCUGAUCCAAGUCUACGGUCUGCUGCCUAUAACCUCCUGUGUGCCUUAACAUGUACCUUUAAUUUAAAGAUUGAAGGGCAGCUACUGGAGACUUCGGGUCUUUGUAUCCCAGCCAACAAUACACUUUUCAUAGUCUCCAUUAGCAAAACCCUGGCAGCUAAUGAGCCACACCUCACACUUGAGUUUCUAGAGGAGUGCAUUUCUGGCUUCAGCAAAUCUAGCAUUGAGCUGAAGCAUCUCUGUCUGGAAUACAUGACUCCCUGGUUGUUAAAUCUUGUCCGGUUCUGUAAACUCACUGAUGAUGCAAAGAAGCAGCGUGUCAGUGCUAUCUUGGACAAGCUGAUAACUAUGACCAUUAAUGAAAAACAGAUGUAUCCUUCCAUUCAAGCAAAAAUAUGGGGCAGUCUAGGACAGAUCACAGAUCUUCUCGAUGUUGUGCUAGACAGCUUCAUCAAAACCAGUGCAACAGGUGGACUGGGUUCCAUAAAGGCUGAGGUUAUGGCCGAUACAGCGGUUGCUUUGGCAUCUGGCAAUGUCAAACUGGUUUCAAGCAAGGUGAUCGGGAGGAUGUGCAAAAUAAUAGAUAAGACCUGUCUUUCUCCCACCCCAACACUGGAGCAGCACCUCAUGUGGGAUGAUAUUGCCAUACUCGCCCGAUACAUGCUCAUGCUGUCCUUUAACAACUCCUUGGAUGUGGCUGCCCAUCUACCCUACCUCUUCCAUGUUGUCACCUUAUUGGUGGCAACAGGUCCUCUCUCUCUUCGAGCUUCCACCCAUGGACUUGUGAUUAAUAUUAUUCACUCCUUGUGUACCUGCUCACAGCUGAAUUUCAGUGAGGAGACAAAGCAAGUGUUGCGGCUCAGUCUUACAGAGUUUUCCCUGCCCAAGUUCUACCUUCUGUUUGGCAUCAGUAAAGUCAAGUCUGCGGCAGUUAUCGCUUUCCGAUCCAGUUAUCGUGAUCGCUCCUUUUCACCUGGCUCCUAUGAGAGGGAGACAUUUGCUCUGACUUCAUUGGAAACUGUUACAGAAGCACUGUUAGAAAUUAUGGAGGCUUGCAUGAGAGAUAUCCCAACUUGCAAGUGGUUGGACCAGUGGACUGAACUUGCACAAAAGUUUGCAUUCCAGUACAAUCCUUCACUACAGCCACGAGCGCUUGUUGUGUUUGGCUGUAUAAGCAAGCGUGUAUCUCAUGGACAGAUUAAACAGAUUAUCCGAAUUUUAAGCAAGGGAUUGGAAAGCUGCUUAAAAGGUCCUGACAACUACAACAGCCAAGUUCUAAUAGAAGCCACUGUGAUAGCACUAACCAAACUGCAGCCGCUUCUGAAUAAGGAUUCUCCUAUGCACAAAGCUCUCUUUUGGGUGGCUAUGGCAGUACUCCAGCUGGAUGAAGUUAAUCUAUAUUCGGCAGGUACAGCACUACUGGAACAAAACCUGCACACAUUAGACAGCCUUCGGGUAUUCAAUGACAAGAGCCCAGAAGAAGUUUUCAUGGAAAUUCGAAAUCCUCUGGAGGAAUGGCAUUGUAAACAAAUGGACCAUUUUGUUGGCCUCAAUUUCAAUUCUAACUUCAAUUUUGCACUAGUUGGGCACUUGUUGAAAGGCUAUAGACAUCCAUCUCCUACUACGGUGGCAAGAACAGUGAGAAUCCUUCACACGCUGCUCGCACUUGUAAAUAAACACAGGAAUUGUGAUAAGUUUGAAGUAAAUACACAGAGCGUUGCCUAUUUAGCAGCCCUGCUCACUGUAUCUGAAGAGGUGAGGAGUCGCUGCAGCUUGAAACACAGAAAAUCACUCUUGCUGACAGAUGUUUCGAUGGAAAAUGUUCCUAUGGAUACAUAUCCAAUGCAUCACAGUGACCCUACUUGCAGAACGUUGAAGGAAAACCAGCCAUGGUCUUCUCCAAAGGGAUCUGGCAUGCAUCUAGCUGCAAGCUACCCCACAGUUGGACAAGUUAGCCCACGGACAAGGAAAUCCAUGAGUUUGGAUAUGGGACAGCCAUCACAAGCAAACACUAAGAAGCUUUUGGGUACAAGAAAAAGCUUUGACCACCUAAUAUCUGAUGUUAAAGCUCCUAAAAGACAGGAGAUUGAAUCUGGCAUCACUACACCUCCAAAAAUGAGAAGAGUAGCAGAGAAUGAUUAUGAUAUUGAUACACCAAGGAUAUCAUCACCUCAACAACAUCCUCACUUGCGGAAAGUUUCUGUUUCUGAAUCAAAUGUGCUUUUGGAUGAAGAAGUUCUAACAGAUCCUAAGACACAAGCUCUGCUACUGACUGUUCUAGCUACACUUGUAAAAUACACUACAGAUGAGUUUGAUCAACGUAUCCUAUAUGAAUAUUUAGCUGAAGCCAGCGUGGUCUUCCCUAAAGUAUUUCCUGUGGUACACAAUUUAUUGGACUCUAAGAUCAACACCCUUUUAUCGCUGUGUCAAGAUCCAAAUCUCUUGAACCCAAUACAUGGUAUUGUGCAGAGUGUGGUGUACCAUGAAGAGUCUCCUCCACAGUACCAGCCUUCUUACCUACAGAGUUUUGGAUUUAAUGGUUUGUGGAGGUUUGCUGGACCUUUCUCCAAGCAAACGCAGAUACCAGAUUACGCAGAGCUGAUAGUGAAAUUUCUCGAUGCCUUGAUUGACAAAUACUUGCCUGUAAUUGAUGAAGAAGCCAGUGAGGAGUCUCUGCUGACACCUACAUCUCCUUAUCCUCCCGCUGUGCAGAGCCAACUGAGUAUAACUGCAAACCUUAACCUUUCAAAUUCCAUGACCUCCCUUGCCACUUCCCAGCAUUCCCCCGCUUCUCUGCCUUGCUCUAAAUCUGCAGUUUUCAUGCAGCCACUCCCUCAUCAAGGGAUUGACAAGGAAAACGUGGAACUGUCUCCCACCACUGGUCACUCAAACAGCGGUAGAACGCGCCAUGGUUCAGCAAGCCAAGUGCAAAAGCAAAGAAGUGCUGGCAGCUUCAAACGUCACAGCAUCAAAAAGAUUGUGUGAAGUUUUUUGUUUUUUUUUCUUAUUUUUUAUUUAUUUUAAAUUUCCUUUUCUUAAACUGACUUAAGCGGGCGGCUUAUCCUUGGACCCGGCACAAUAUGAUGCUGCACUUAAUUUUUUUUUUCUCCCUUUUUUUUUUUUUUACCGUACCCAUGCAGUCAGCCAUGUCGCCAGAAGAUCAACACAUUGAAAGCAUCAUUUGAACUCUAUACCAUUUGGUUUCCUUAGACGUUUUCCUUUUGUUUUUCCUUCUCCGGUUAUUUCCAGUUUGAGGGAACCAUGGUCACAAGCAUAUCAAUGCCUUGUGAGUUUUAGAAUGAAGAAAUUUUGUACUUUGAUAAUGGUGGUCCUGCCUUUACUGCAUUAACUGUAAACAUUAGUGGCAUUCUCAUGAGUCUUUUUUGCCUUGUCUUUUUUUAUUAUUAUUAUUAUUACUACUAUUGUUUGUUUAUCUUGUUUUGCAUU